AUGGGCAUUCAAGGCCUUCUCCCGCUACUCAAGUCCAUCCAGCGCCCAACUGAACUCAAGAGAUAUGCUGGCGAAACUCUGGGCGUCGACGGCUACGGCUGGCUUCACCGUGGUGCUGUCGCCUGUGCUAUAGAGCUGGCACAGGGCAAGCCGACCCGAAAAUAUGUUGACUUCGCCAUGCACCGAGUCAAAAUGUUCAGGUAUUUUGGCGUCACCCCGUACAUCGUGUUCGAUGGUGAUUUCCUCCCGAGCAAGGCAAAAACGGAAGAAUCCAGGAAGAAGCGCCGUGAGGAGGCGAAGAAGGUCGGUCUUGAGCUUCUCCGUGCCGGAAAGCCAUCUUUGGCCUUCAACGAGCUCCAGAAGGCCAUCGACGUUACUCCCGAAAUGGCGCGCCACCUCAUCGAAGAACUCAAGAAAGAGGACGUCCCCUAUGUCGUUGCGCCAUACGAAGCCGAUGCUCAACUUGUGUACCUGGAGCGUAAGGGCAUCAUCAGCGGCAUCGUGUCCGAAGAUUCGGAUCUUUUGGUGUUCGGCGCGAAGCGUCUUUUGACCAAGCUGGACCAGCAUGGCCAGUGCGUCGAGAUCAACCGCAAGGACUUCUGCUUGGUCCGCGAAAUUUCCCUCACCGGCUGGACCGACAGCGAGUUUCGACAUAUGGCCAUUUUUAGCGGCUGCGACUACCUGGAAGGCCUGAGCAAUAUUGGCCUGAAGACCGCGUACCGCUUGAUUCGCAAGCACAAGACGCCCGAUCGCAUCGUCAAGAUGCUGCGCUUCGAUGGCAAAUACCAGGUCCCGCAGAACUAUCUAGAGGAGUUCAAGCAGGCCGAACUCACCUUCCUGCACCAGCGCGUGUUCUGUCCCGAAAAGAAAGACAUCGUUUUUCUGACCGAACCCGAUCCUUCGCUCAACAUCGAUGAGAUGCCCUACAUCGGAGCGCCUAUUGAGACGGAGUUGGCCCGAGCCAUUGCUGUGGGCGAUGUCAACCCGAUCACGAAGCAGCGCAUUCUGGUUCCUCUCUCGCCACAGAAGCGGACGAUUAGCCAAGCGUUGGCUCCGGCUAGCGCACCUAGGACCCUUGGGAAGCCCAUCGACCAGUAUUUUAAGGAGCGUGCAGACUAUCGUCGGAUUCCAUUGGGAGAGAUGGACCCGAACUGCUUCCAAGUGGACCCUAACCGCGAGCCCACUGAUGUCCCCCGUCCUAUCGUCUUUCCGCUCCCCAGGCCUUACGUGGAGGGCGCCGAGGAACCGGCGUCUCCAACAACCCGGAACUAUGUCAAUGCCGGUCGUACACUCCGUCGGCGCAGCGAGCCGAUCUCGAAGCUUCUCGACCGGAUGGAUCCCGAAUCUUCGCAUCGCCGGCAGACUGUUGGCCCUAGCUUCCAGGUGUAUCGCGAUCCCACGGCCUCCACUACGCCGCCAAAGAAGGCGCGGUUAUGUGAGGAGGUUGAGCUGCCCGAGGACAGAAGUGCGACGACACUGGAGAAGAGCAAGUUCUUCCCUUCAAAGAAAGAGAAGCAGCCUGCCCAACCAAAAGAUGACUUCAUUCUGCGGUCCGAUGAUUCUUUCGAGGAGGCUCUCAGAACCCUUCCUGAACACGACGCGGGGGAUCCCAAAGAGAAGCCGGCGGCCAAGGAGAUAGCCAUUUUCGAAGAACAGCCCCCUUCCAAAAAGGACCUGGCUUCAGCGUUGGAGAGCCAAGAACAGACCGUCGAUGAUGCUAUCUUGAUGCCUGCUUCAUCUCCGAUCCAGCAACGCGCCGCGCAAGACUCGCAGGACUCUCAAGCCUCGGCCACGCCCCUUGCCGACGCACUGCGAAGCUUCUCAUACGAAGCAGGCCGGCCUCAAACUCGUAUUGUCCGUGGUCUGCCCACACCUGCAUCCAGCAUGCCUUCAGGGACUCCGAAGAUCGCCAGCCCAACCAGCUCACAGACUCCCCUGCCGACUCCUCUUCAGCGGAUAGGCGCCCGUGCUCUGCAGCGCAGCAAGCCCUCCAAACCUCCUGUGCCCCUUAGGAAGCCUGUGUCCAACAACAGCACUGACAACCUCGUCAACCCGGCCAUGAUUCCCCUCCCGAGAGUGGAUCUGGCGGAGAUUGAAGCGCUUAACAGGCCCCUGGGCAGCGAGGACCAGCUUCUUAUUCCGGCAAGCGAUGAUGAAGACGAUGGCGAUAAGAGGCCUACGGCUGUGCCAUCCGCUCGGCGUCUCGACCUGUCCCGGUUUCGGUAUUGUUGA